ACCCCCCGCAGGAGAUGGAUAACAUGACUCGUAUAUGGGACAAUAACACCGCCUUGGCCUCCGUCGUUAAUUACAGGUGUUAUCCGGGUUACUUCAUGGAGGGGAACGUGAGCCUAGGGGAGGAGAAGGUGGAGUGUAUCGGGGUCCUGGGUGGAUGGUAUCCCAGCCAGGUGUCUAGCUGUCUACCUGUUGAUGUAUGUGAGGGAGAUGUACCUAAACCACCUUCCUCCCUCAUCACCAACACCUCCGCCGUUCACCUCCAUCACCUGAACGGCACCGUCAACUUCACCUGUCCGACCUUGAUGACCACACUAGACGGGAACACCACUCAGAUGAUUACCUGUCAAUAUAAUGGAACAGGUUAUGGAUUUUACCCCAUGGAGAUACUACCUUGUGAUGUGUGUGUCGGGCAGCCUGGAGUAAACAACAGCGUGACAGACUGGAUCAACACCACCUCCUGGACGGUAAACAUGACAGUGACUGCUACCUGUUUCGACCGUCACGUGUUUAACCUGUCUGCCACUAACUACACCCUCACCUGUACUAAUCAAGGCUGGCAGACACCUGAACCGUGUUAUCCAGGUUGUGUAGAUGACCUUCUCCAACCCCCCGUUACUAACAUGACCCGGGAUGACCUGAUCUGGAAUGGUGUUGGGGUAGAGGUCAACUACACUUGCCUACCCGGGUUGUUUAUACCGACAUCUGAGGUGUACCCGGAGGUGAUUAACCUGACGAAGGUGAGGUGUAGCGAGAACUCUACCUGGGAACUAAUUGGCCCACCGCUAAUGUGUGUCCAGUUGUGUGUGGAGGAUCCCAUGAUGGUAGAGGCGCCACUCAACUCCUCCUGGGACGGCUUCAACAGGACCCUCGGGACGCAGGUAGAGUUGGCGUGUCCAGCUGGCCAGGUGUUACCAGACCUCAACACCUCCACCACCAUCACCUGUGUUAAUGGCGGCGUCUGGACCACCGUCUCCCAAGACUAUCUGUUAUGUAGGACACGUGAGUCACUAUGAGUCACUGUGAGUCACUGUAUACCUUCUCGCACGCUUGAUAAUUGUGAUGAUAACUGCUUGUAAUUGAGAAAGUGGCACCAAGGUGUUGUUAUGUAAGACAAGUAGAGGAGUGAGCACUGUAGACUCCAAGUGUCACCAUAAUAAUAAUAUACCACACGUGUAAACAAGCUUCUACCAAUCACGUGCUUAAUGGCGUAAAUAAACUACAAAAUCAGUCAUCUUAUCUUUAUAUAUUAUCGUAUAGUCUCUCUCUAUCUCUCUGUCUCUCCAAGCUGCACCUAUGGACCCCCCAGCUGUCCCUGAGGGCGCCUUCAUAGCUGGCCCUGAGCCUCCUUACUGGGUGGGGACGACCAUCACCUACACGUGUACUCCGCCUCUCAACUCACCGACUGGCAACACCAGCACCUCUAUCACCUGUCAGGAGGGCGGCUGGCCACCCCUCGACCCAGCCUACGCCUGUGUUAACGGUGAGUGUUGGCCAGUCAGUAAUACUCGGAACGUAACUCAUAUAACUUACAUGAUCUUUUAACGUAACUAAUUAACUUAUCUAAUAUAACUUACUUUACCCUUUAUUUAACUUACCCUUUCGUUAAUGUACCUUUGAGUCCGAUUACUGAACCUCUAAAGUUCGAUGACUUAACCCCUCGAGUACGAUGACUUAACCUCUCGAUUACGAUGACUUAACUCCUAAGAUAUUCUCAAUUAUUUAAGUUAUUAUGCUUCUAAUCCUAACCA